CGAGAUCUUUAACUGAUAUAAAAGUACCGCAGCGUUGUGAGAAAAAUUCAAAAAGCGAGUUGUGAUCGGCAAAUCGAGUGGUUAGAUCAGCGCGUUGUUAAAAACUUUAAAUUUCGAAUCGCAAAAAUGAAGUAUUUCGUGGUGUUCCUGUUCAUCUGUGGCUUGGCCACUUCAUACGCUCAACUGGAAGAAGUCGUAAAAAAGGCUCAGAAAAUAGCUGGUGACUGUAAAGAGGAAGUUGGUGCCACUGAUGCGGAUGUUGAAGCAAUGUUCAAACAUGAACCAGCCGGAAAUGACAAAGCCAAAUGCCUUAACGCUUGUGUUUUGAAAAAUUUUGGUUUUUUGGAUGCUGAUAAUAAACUGGUUAAGGAUGUGGGUGUAGAUUUUCUAAAGAGUAUCUCCGGUGGCGAUGCCGCCUAUGAAAAGCUGGGCACUGAGAUUUUGGAUGCCUGCAAGGAUACACCAGCCGGUGGCAACAACUGCGAAACCAGUGAAGCCCUGCGUACCUGCCUCAUUGAAAAAUCGCAAGAAAAGGGUUUUAAAUUACCAUUCUAAGUAUGGAAAAUUGUUGAUGACCCACUGACGAGUGAUUUACAGUUGUGAUACGAAAUUACUUCUGUUUACUAGUAUUUACCCUCAACCUCAUGUUUUAAAAACGACAAGCAGUAAACUAAGUAACAAAUAAAUGAAAGAGCAUUUUUGAAUAUGAGAA